AUGAACAAUGCAGAUGUUAAAUUCUUUGAUGAAAAGAAGAAGAUAUCAGUAACGCCAAAAUCUGGAAUUCAUAUUGCCGUCGAAUCGUAUCGGUGUGAAAAUGCUGUACGACGCGAUUUCGAUUGGACAUCAUCAGAACGAAUUGAAGAAACAUUUCGAGAGAAUUUCAAAAGGGACCCAACUAUUGAAUCACAAUUUAUUGGAUCUAAUAGUGGAUUAACAAGAAUAUUUCCAAUCCGAAAAUGGAUAACUGAACCCGAACCCAUAACAAUCGAUCUCUUUGACCCAAGAUUUCGACAAUGGUUUAUCGCUGCACAAUCAGCGCCUAAGGAUAUUUUGUUUCUUAUUGAUAUGAGUGGAAGUGUCAAAGGUCAAACUGUGCAUCUUAUUCGAAUGACCGUUUUGCACAUACUGGCUACUCUAAAUCCGAAUGAUUACAUCAAUGCAAUAUGGUUCAAUAGCCGACAAGAAUCAGUUUUGAGAGCGUGUUUCGAUGGUUUUAUUCCAGCUACAACAAGAAAUAAAAAAGUUUGCGAUUGA